CCUCUUCAGAGUUUUCACAUUGAUAGACCACGACGAUACCAUCCGUAUUUUCACGAACCUUAUCGGAAGACGCGUUUGAUAUUUCAUUUCAGUAAAGUUUUGCGUCAAGCUGAACCAAGAAACCAGCUAUUUUGCUAUGGCAAAAGGAGAGGGAGGGGAACAAUACUCCAACGCUACUUUAUUGAAUAAGCCGGGCAGCUCGGACGGCAUCAAGAUCGCCAGGAAGCACGAGCAUAGAAACAGGUUGUCAGUUUGCAACAAGAUAUGCUAUGCCAUCGGCGGCGCACCCUACCAGAUCACAGGAUGUGCCCUGGGCUUCUUUCUGCAGAUCUAUCUACUGGAUGUAGCUCAGCUGGAUCCCUUCUAUGCCUCCAUCAUCUUGUUUGUAGGCCGAGCAUGGGAUGCCAUAACGGACCCCACAGUCGGCUUCCUGGUCUCCCGAAGCCCAUGGACGCGUUUCGGACGCAUGUUGCCCUGGAUCGUGCUCUCAACCCCUCUGGCUGUGCUCGCCUAUUUCCUCAUUUGGUACGUUCCUCCCUUUGAGGACGGCAAAGUCAUCUGGUACCUAUUCUUCUACUGCAUCUUCCAGACCCUUCAGACUUGCUUCCAUGUGCCAUACUCUGCCCUCACCAUGUUCAUCAGCUCAGAGCAGAAAGAAAGAGACUCAGCCACUGCGUACAGGAUGACUGUGGAGGUUCUGGGCACUGUUGUUGGUACAGCCAUCCAGGGGCAGAUAGUAGGUAUGGCGAACGCUCCCUGCCUCCCAGGACCCGGCGACAUCGUGGCAGACCUGAGCAACUCCUCAAAGUCUGUUGGGCUGAACGACUCAGAGCCUGUCAUUUCCCUGGAACACACGAAAGCGGCCUACAUGAUUUCUUCUGGCAUCAUCUGCUCAAUCUAUGUCCUCUGUGCUAUUGUUCUUUUCUUCGGUGUGAGAGAGCAAAAAGAGUCUUCUCGUCCAAAGUCAGAGCCCAUGGGAUUCUUCCAGGGGAUUAAGUUGGUGAUGGGGCAUGGACCGUACGCCAAACUGGUCAUGGUCUUCCUGUUUACCUCGCUAGCUUUCAUGCUCCUGGAGGGAAACUUUGCCCUGUUCUGCAGCUACACACUGGGCUUCAGAAACGACUUCCAGAAUAUUCUGCUGGUGAUCAUGCUUGCUGCUACACUGGCCAUUCCGUUCUGGCAGUGGUUUCUGACUCGCUUUGGGAAAAAGACUGCGGUUUAUGUUGGCACCUUGUCUGUGGUUCCCUUCAUGAUCAUGGUGGUGGUAUUGAAGAGCAACCUGAUUGUCACCUACGUUACCUCAUUUGCUGCCGGGGUCGGAGUGGCUGCAGCCUUCCUGCUGCCCUGGUCUAUGCUGCCUGAUGUUGUCGACGAUUUCCAAGUGCAGAACCCGGACUCCACCGGCCACGAAGCUCUCUUCUAUUCCUUCUAUGUGUUCUUCACCAAGUUCGCUUCUGGAGUCUCCCUAGGCAUCUCCACUCUCAGUUUAGACUUUGCAGGCUACAUCAGUAGAGGCUGCUCUCAACCCGAGGAAGUAGAUACAACCUUGAAACUGCUGGUUUCCGCCGCCCCCAUAGUUCUCAUCAUAAUCGGCCUGGUCAUAUUGUACUGGUAUCCGAUCAAUGAGGAGAGGAGGCUAGGCAACCGCAAACUGCUACAGGAACAGAGGGACAAUGAGACCGAUUCAGAAACAGACUCGACAGAACUGGCCAACGUGAUCUAAGACAUUUUAGAGACCCACGGACCAAUCGGGUGAUCGACUGGCAUUUUGCACUGGAUGGGAUCAACGGACGUGAGCCUGUCGGAUCAUACAGACACUGCCUUGUCCAAUCACACUGCUGCUGUUCCACGUCUACAAAGUUGACGACAACACAUGCAAUUCACUCUGUUCUUUCGUUCAGUCGGAUCUCAAAAGCCUUACUUUUUGAAUAACUUACGACUUUUGAGUACUGUGAAAAAUCGUUUGUUAAAGGUUGGUCUUGUUCUCAGUUGAAAUUGCACAGAACCAUGAAAUGUGAUGGGAGCGUGUUUCAUCUGUGCUGCCAUUACUGGUGCUAUUUGCUGGAGCUAAACAAUUUCCAUCCUUGUAUGCACCACAUUGAAAAUUAUGACCUUGAGCACUACGUUAAAAGCAACUUUAUAGUUCUGAGACGUGAACGUCGUGACAAACUUGAAUAGUGUUAACGCCUUAAUGUUAGCCCUGUUUCGGGGUAAAAUUCCAAACUGAGACUGUCACUUGUUCUUGAGUCAUUGAAUUGGUGUUGAAAUGUGUUGUGUAAUCUUUCAAUGAAUCCUCAAUGUUUACUUAAACCAGUCAGCCCAUUUGUUUCCAUCUCAUUGCCAUGGCUUGUUUUUUUUUUUUUAAUUAUUAUUUAAAGUAGCCGUAAUAAUGUGAUGUUGGAACUAGUGGCCGGACUGUAACAGCUGUGCUCUGAAGGGCUCCUUUUAGUUCCCCACCAUAGCACUGAAACCACUACGAUAGUAAAAGGAGGGAGUUUGAACACAUAACUGCAAUAUUUAUCCAGCAAUUACAUUACUCACAUUAUCUUAUUUAUAGGAUAGCUACUGAAGACAGGGAAAACUGAUUUCCUCUUAAUGCUUUCAUUUCCUUAAUACUGAGAUAAAUGGUGACUAUAACUGGUACUAAUUAAGUGAUAUCAUUAUUUAAAUAUUUAUUAGUUUUAAUUUGUUUGAAUUCAUGUGUGCUGGUAAGCUAAUGCUGCUUGCAGUAUGUAAAUCUAUUUAAGGCCUGUAAGGACCUAUAUUAGAAGUUUCAAAAUGAAGACAAUUGGGUGGGAGUCAAAUUUUAAAACCUUUACUCGCCUUUUUAAUGCAUGUUGCCAUCACUACUGUCUUUACUCCAUAUGCAUUCAAAAAGGGAAGUACGUAAUUGUGAAAAAGAUUGGAAGAUGGGGUACUGAAUUUGUAGUCUCCUUAAGGUUUUUGUUUUUAUUUUUUUCUGUGUGCGUAUGUGUUUAUUGAAGGAACUACCAGGCUGUUUUGUGAUCAUCUCAGUCAUGAAAGUAUGGAUUGACAUUUCAUAUCCAUUGAUAUGCAAAUGUAGUCAUAGUGUCAUAUGUUAUACAUACUGUUACAUCUUCAACAUGUUGUUUCUGCCGAUGUGCAAAUUUUUAUUUACUUCACUUUCAUUUUUUUACUGCACACGCCAACAUGGUGCCAUUUUCACCGUCUGAGCCUGUAAUAACUGUACAUCAUGUAAAUCUGACUGUUUUUUAUUUUGUUUAUUUUGUAUUUUAUGGGUCCGUCAGUGAAUUUCCCACAUGACUAUUGAGGCUGUAGCCAAAUGUGUGAGCUUUAAUCCCACAGGGACACACACAAGCCUUGUGUACAUGCCUCCUGUGAAUAUGUAAAUAUUGUAUGUAAACCUGUAAAUAUAUUUUGGUUGGUAUUUUGUGGCUGCAAGGGAAAUUGACCUAUGUACACUGUACUGUAGUUAUUUAAGAAAAACGUAACAAAAUUUUGUUAAUAAAUACUAAUUGAUAAGUGUACUGUGAA